GAAAAUGGCUGUGCAGGGGAGCAGGGAGUUCUGAACGGGGGGGAAAAAAGAAGGCGAAGUGAAAAAAGAAGAGCUUUCCACAAGUUCCGCGCACCACUGGAAGCCACUGAGUACUUUUUCAACACUGGACCGACUCCUGACAUUUUGCAGUGUUUCGAGCGUCGCGACUAAAAUAAAGUAAGAAGAGUCAAGAAAUAUCAACGGGUUUGUCAUAGUCCCUGUCCAGAAUAUGUGGGAGCUUUACAGAACCGAAGAGGAUUAAAGGCUGUCCCACUCCACCAAGGGUACUCCAAUUUACACCACUUCAUUCGACUGUGGGGAGCCUGGCGACACACGUCCCUCUACUGAUAUAUUUUGAACUCGGCUGCUCCCGUAGCAUCCAGCUGCCAACAGGUGUUCGCCGCUUGAAGGAGCAUGUUGCCGACGCUCUCCCUCUGCUCCAUCAUUUGGCUGAACCGGGGUAUCAAGCUGAGGAAAGUGCACCACUUCACUAACACCGGUCAGGUCUGAAAUAAACGUUCGAAGGUCAAGCGCUGCCUUACAGACUUGUGAAAAUGCUUCUAAGCUUCGGGUGACUCCGUGGGCCCCCUCCCUCCACCCACACCAAAGCCACCCCGCAACAUCCAACAUCCAACUUUUCAUUUGCUGUUUUCUCGGGGGAUUUUUGUUUAGCUGGACCCAUUUAUUGCAGGGGGGCUUGGCCUGCAACAUAUAAUCCUCCACUGGGCCAUUUUGAAUCGUGCUUCCCUCACAAGAUGGCAACGGAAGGUUUCCAGUACCGUGUGCUCUACGAGUUCACCAAGGACCAGGAAGAAGAUUUGGAUCUGCAGCCAGGAGACCUCCUGAUUGUUAGCAAGGCCUCACUACUGUCUGUAGAAAACUACCACGAGGGCUGCGCAGAGAAGCCCGAGUGCCUCGGCUGGCUUCUCGGUUACAACGAGCGCUCCAAGCAGAGAGGCGACUUCCCUGGAACGUAUGUCGAAUAUGUGGGCCCAGUCAAGAUGGCACUCCCGUCCAGUCAACCCAGGUCUCAGCGACCCCUACCGGCUGCUCCCACUCCAGAGUCAUGUCAAGCUGCUUCAGUGCCCGACCUGAGUGAGCAGUUCACACCACCAGAGACGGCUCCCGCCGCCCUCGUCAGCCUGAUCCAAGCCAUAGAGCAGAGAGGUCUGGACUCCCAAAGUCUGUACAGGAUGACUACUAGUUCUUCUGUUUCAGACAGCCCAAUCUACAGCCUGAGUCCUGAGAGUGAUAUCAAUCAGACAGAUGUGAGCAUCUUGUCAGAGUGUGUCUUGCACUACCUGAGGGACCUCCCCUCAGCUGUCAUCCCUGCGUGUACCUAUGCUCAUCUACAAACUGCGAUUAUGCAGCAGCAGCAGGUCCUACAGCAGUCAGCAGAUGGUGCAGUAGCUGGCAGCCAUGACAGAGAGGUAAGCCGGGUCCUCGAGAGCUCCACCACCAUCCCUCUUCAUCAUCGCCUCACCCUUCAGUACCUCCUCACGCACCUGGCCAAGGUGACUCAGGCUCAGGCCAGCAACGCCUUGGACACACACACAUUGGGCAAGAUCUUUGGACCGUUGCUGAUAAGGACAGGUUCUUCCACUCCAUCGUUGUCAUUGGAUGAGGAGUUGCCUGCUCUUGUAGUGGAAAGGCUUCUGAUUGAGAGAACUGCCGAACAAGACCUCACACCACCAGUGUGUUUAUGUAUGAUUCGAGUUCUUCCAGCAAAGCCAACAAAGGCAAAAGGGGCACCAUCAACUGUGAUGGACACAAGCACCCUUCUCAGUGAUGCUGAAUGGUACUGGGGAGACAUAUCCAGGGAGGAGGUAAAUGAGAAAUUGCGAGACACUCCGGAUGGCACCUUCCUUGUCCGAGAUGCCUCAAGCAAACUCGAGGGCGAAUACACGCUCACCCUCAGGAGAGGAGGGAACAACAAACUUAUAAAGAUCUACCACAGGGAUGGGCGGUAUGGCUUCUCAGAGCCUCUCACCUUUCUGUCCGUGGUUGAGCUGAUCAACCACUACCGACACGAGUCCUUGGCCCAGUACAACGCCAAGCUGGACACCAAACUUCUUUUCCCUGUUUCAAAAUACCAGCAGAUGGUGAAGGAGAACAGCAUAGAGGAGGUCGGUGAGCAGCUGAAGGUCUAUCACGAGCAGUACCAGGAGAAGAGUCGCGAGUAUGACACCCUGUACGACGAGUACACGCGCACCUUACAGGAGCUGCAGAUGAAGCGCACAGCCAUUGAGGCCUUCAACGAGACUAUCAAAAUAUUUGAGGAGCAAUGUGAGACUCAGGAGCGCUACAGCAAAGAGUCUCUGGAGCGGUUCCAGCGGGAGGGAAAUGAAAAGGAGAUUCAGAAGAUCCAGAGCAACUCGGAGCGUUUAAAGUCUCGCGUGAAAGAGAUCCACGACAGCAAGCGGAAGCUGGAGCAGGACUUGAAAGAGCAGGUCUCUGAUAACAGAGAAAUCGAUAAGAAGAUGAACAGCCUCAAGCCAGAUCUCAUGCAGCUCCGCAAGAUUCGAGACCAAUACUUGAUAUGGUUGACACAGAAGGGUACAAGGCAAAAAAAGAUUAAUGACUGGCUCGGCAUAAAGAAUGAUGCUGAUGACUCGUACUCGCUGGAGGAUGACGAGGGCUCACCCCAUCAUGACGAGUGCACCUGGUACGUGGGUGACAUCAAGCGUGCCCAGGCCGAGGAAUUGCUGAGAGGCAAAUGUGAUGGAACCUUCCUCAUCCGUGAGAGCCAAUCGCAGAAGGGCUCAUAUGCAUGCUCUGUUGUCGUGGAUGGUGACACGAAACACUGCGUCAUCAACAAGACGGCCACAGGUUACGGAUUCGCCGAGCCAUACAAUCUCUACUCGUCCCUCAAAGAUCUGGUGCUUCACUACAAAAAUGUCUCCUUGAUCCAACACAAUGACCAUCUGAAUGUAAAUCUAGCAUACCCAGUCCUGGCCCGCUCUCAGAAUCAGAACCAGCACCCCAGAUGAAUUCACCAUCAGCAGACAAGGGACACAACAAGGGUGGGAGAAUUUUUACUCUCAUGCAUUGGGGGGGAAAGACUCUGAAGAAGGGGUCGUUCAUGUGUUUAGUAGCGAGUAAAAUCAGCUUAACAAGCAUGACUCUCUGGUGAGAGGAUGGGGUGGGUUUUCCAUCUGAUCCCAGUGCGGCUAAGAGCACUUCUUGCUAGCAGCAUGGCUUCACAAUAAGCAUACCGACUUGUAACUUCGGCACUGUACAGUUAGCCCGACACAGCGAGCCGCUUUAGCCAGCCCUGACUGUACAGUGUAAGUUACACAAACUCAGUGUUAAAAUGUACAAUAACACAUCUGGAUACAGAAGAAGAACGUGUUCAAGGAUAAGCACACGCAAAAUAACUUCAUUUUUAGAUGCGGAGAAAUUCUGAAGAGGAGGGAGAGAUGGUGGGAUGAUGGGAAUUUUUACAGGAGGCACCUUUUUUUGUUUUCUUUUGCUUUUUUGCCUUAAACACAUGAUAGCUGUUUAUAGACAAAGGCCCAAACUGUAAUCCCCAGACCGCCUGCAAACUCUACGUAGACAAAAGCCUGAGCUGUCAUUCUGUGAAAAGGACUGGCUUGGCUAAACCAGGCGGCUUGCGUCACACCUUAAGGCGGCUGAGAAAGCGUUGGACCAGGGUGGUAUAGUCACUGGAGCCUGGGGUAAGGGAAAGGGAGCGGAGGGGGUAUUCAUUUUGUGGAGUGGAUAUUUUUAGGCGGUUGUAGAAAAGACUAAUUUAAUUUGACGCUUGUGUAAGUACCAUAGUAAUAGCUUUGAAUGACCAUAAGCCUGUGUCACUUGUAGAGAGAGGCAGGAGAGAAAGGCUGUCAAAGUCGACAAAGCUGCAGCUUUAAAAUAUACCUUUUUUUUUCUCAGUCAAAUCUUGUCUAUUUCCAACAGCUUUGGCUUGUUGCUCUAUCUCAGCAGGCCUCUCUCUGUUCAAAUCGACGAGGUACAACACGAUAAAAAAAAAUUUUUUUUUAAAUGCACGGUACAUCUCGUGAAAGACGUUUCGGUCACAGUACAAUAGAUGGACAGCUACAUUGAAGAAUGCUGUUCCUCAGGAUUCAGGUUUCCCCCUGACUGAAAUAGUGGACAUCCUGCAUUCAACUUGUUUUUCUUUCUUUUUUGGGUCCUCUUCAAGACUGUAGCACCUGUAGCCAUUGACUUAACUGUUAGUGCUUAUUGUAUGUGUCUGCUUCCUAUAUGCUAAAGAAGGCACUUGCAGAGCAGCAAUCUAUGUGAUUAUUAUAUCUUCGGUACUGUAUUUUGCUUUGUUUCUACUUAGACUGUUUCCAAGGUCCUUGCAGAAGUUAAUUGUUUUUUGUUUUAAAAACUAUUUACUCACGGUACUUCCCCCUUCUUGCGCUUGACUGUUGGUUUUAAUCACAAGCUUGACUCACAGAGCUGCAAAACAUUUAUUGUACAGAGAAAAGAAAAAAGUAAUAUAACAGUAUAUUUCAGCCAUUCAUGCAGUCAGUGUAUGUGAGCUUGUGUAUUCUUGUUUUUUUCCAGUUGCGCUUAGAUUUUGUUUCCUUCAUCCAGCUAAUUUGAGCCAAAUGAAGCAUGUUUUUUUUUCAUGUAGCAAGAAUAAGAAACUUAAAGGAUCUUUUUUUUUUAAAUUUGUUUAAUUUUAUUUAUUUUCAUUUUGUUUUAGGUCAAAGAGAUUACCAAGUCCUUCAUGUUUGCUUGUCGUGCAUAAACAGCGCUCAACAAAUUUAUUAGACCAGUGGUUCUCAAAAUCUUUACACCAAGGACCACCUAUAAAAAACCCAUAACUUAGCUCUCUACGUAUUACCACGAUGACAUCAAAAUUCAGUAGUAAUUGAUAAAAAAAUAUUCCUCAAAUUAUAUUUAAUAUUAUUGUAUGCCAGUUUAACAUUGUACAGUUUGAACAGUAACCCUGUGCUUAAAUAUAAAAAAAUAAAUCUACCUAAAUAAUGAUUACAUUAAAAUUUACUGCACAUAAAAGUUUAAUAAAAAAUUAACUUCAAUGUUUUUUUAAAAAAACGUUCUUGAAGAUUAAAUGCAAAUGUAUUGAACUUAAAAGUUAAAUACAACUGAACUGGAAUAAUGCAGUGAUUCUUUCAUGCACCGCAGCCUGCAUUGCAAAGAAUAAAAAUGAUUUUGGUAAUUACUAAUGCUGUUAAUUUAGGACAGUUGAGGUGUGAACAUAACAUUGGGUGCUGCCUCACGGUUCUGAGGACCGGGAUUAAAAUCCUGGCCCCGCCUGUGUGGAGUUUGCAUGUUCUCCCCGUGCCUGCGUGGGUUGUCUCCGGGAACUCCGGUUUCCUCCCACAUCCCAAAAACAUCCAUGGUAGGUUAAUUGAAGACUCUAAAUUGCCCGUAGGUGUGAAUGUGAGUGCAAAUGGUUGUUUGUUUAUCUGUGCCCUGCGAUUGGCUGGCAACCAGUUCAGGGUGUACCCGCCUCUCGCCCGAAGAUUGCUGGGAUAGGCUCCAGCUCGCCCGCGACCCUAGUGAGGAGAAGAGGUAUGGCACAUGGAUGGAUGAACAUAAAAGUUAAAUAAUCACUCCAAAAUAAAUGUUUAACAUUUAACAGUUCUUAAAGAUUAAAUGUGAAUGUACAGAAGUUAAAAAGUUAAAUACAACUGAACUGUACUCACACUUGAGAAUCACAGGCCUAAUAAAUUUGCUAGGCACUGUACAUUGAUGCAUGUUGUGUGGUUGUACUAUGCACAACACACUAGUAUGCGGAGAAGAAUUGGCUUUCUAUUUACAUGUGAUUUCACAUCUUCCAUAUUCGUUUGAAUUCAGGUCUCACUUUCAAAGCACAAUACUCGCUUACAUAAUGUCCAUUAUGACGCUCACCUACCGUACUCUUGCCAAAAAAAAGGAAUAGUAUUUUUGUAAAAGGGUUGUGUAGAGGAGACAAAAUUAAAAAGUAUUUUUGGAUUUAAAAAAGUGGCCAAACUCAGCCGUAUAAUAUAAGAAGUGUGAUGAAGGGCUACAAAACAUUUUUGUUUUUUAAUCAUGAAGGUGUUGAUUUCCCUGGUACAAUUAAGAAAGUCCACUUUCAGCCAAGUAAAGUGAAUUGAUCAUGUUUACUGAUAAACUUUCAACAAUGCGUCAACGCGGAUAUGACUUUUGAACGUGAUCUGGUUUGUGCUCUACCCUAUGUUUACUGUUCUUUUUUUAUUUUUUAUUUUUUAUUUUUUUACUUGGACUGGCCCAAUUUUGUGGAAAUGAAAGCAACUCCCCAAAUGUUCAUUUCCGCCAUCUUAGCCAGAUUUAUUCAGUUGUACUGUACUUUGCACAAACUUCUUUGGCAGAGUGGAACAUAGAGGUGAGGUUAGUGCUUCUGCUCAGAGGGCUUAAAUGAAAAAUGAAAAAAAAGCAGGUGAAAGAUUAGAAGUGCCUUUCGUCAAUAGUGAUGAGCGCAUCCUCUCCUCUCUGUUGCUGUUGGAGCCACAUGCUGCGCCAGCCAUGCUUUCACUUUUCUCAGCAAAAUGUGUGUGUGUGUGUGUGUGUGUGUGUGUGUAUAUGUGUGUUAGAUGUCUGCUUGAUUUUUAGUUGUGCCUCUUUGUUGUUUAGAUGUAUUGUUGAAUUGUUACAAGCGCUUUCUCUAAUGUGGUGCACUCUCACUUUGCACACAAGCUCUCCUUUUUUUUUGGUUAAGAUUUGUCACGUGUAUGUUUAAAUAAGACUGAGUCAACAAUGUGAACAUCCGUGGCCAACUGUAGUCACGUGAAGAGUUAAUGCAUGCAGAAUUUAUGAAAUACUAGUUCUGUGCGAACUACUUGGUCAAGUUAUCUGCCGUUCUUGGACCAACACUUUUUUAACAGCACUUUUUGUCUGUUCCACACAAAUUCUGCUUCUAGGGAAAGUUGCUGAUAUUAUGCUUUCCGGUAAAAUUUCAGAAUAAACCUAAAAUGCUCUAGAACCUUGACAGGUGAACUGAAAAUUGAGCUUCACUGAAUUUGUGAAUGCACGUCCAACUGUUCAAUACUGUUCCCAAACCAGGAGCUAAAGGGCGAAAUUUACAUUUCCAAGGACAUCAACUUCUGAACCUAUCUGUGACUUUUCCAGUUUGUCUCUGUUGUAACUAGCCAAUGACACUAUAAGCUCAGUGGCCACUUCCCGGUGAGAACAUCCUGUCUGAAGCCCGCAAAACUUCAGGCGGGAUGUCCUCAAAGAGAAGUGGCAAUUCAAGAGUAUCACAUUGUCGUCAAGAGGGAGACUGGAAGAGUCACAGAAAGGCAUAGAAGUGGAAAUCCAAGGAAAUUUUCUCAGAUCAAAAAUUUUGCCCUUCAGCACCCUGUUGUCGAACAUCAAUUUGUGCAAAAAGUAAUGAAACAUUGAGCAAUUUGACACUUAAAUUGUAAGAGGUUGAAUUAAGUUAACAUGUAAAGGGUCUUGUGGACUUUCGGUUCAUCCUGGAAAUUGCCCCUGAAAGCCAAAAAUCCAUAAGUUUUUGAGAGUAAAGUAGUUUACGCAACUCACCGAAACCCACAGUGUGGUGAAGCUCAGUUUUCUACUGGUUUGAAGCUCUUUCUCCACAGUAUUCAGUGUACAGUUUAUAUAGACACUAUAGUCAAAAUUCUAUGAACAUUAAUAAUACUUUACAGCUGUCUUCUUAUGCACUUUGGUCCGCACUGCUAAAUUGUAUCAAGACUAAUCGACCACAGUUUCUUUCAAAGGCCAGUUUUGCAUAAUAAUAGAAUCCUUAUUGUCGUUGUCAUCAGUCUGUGUAGAGAGAUUCAAAUUGGAUUUGAUUGCUUUGAGCUGGAAAUUAAUCUCAGCCUGUUUUUAAUUGGAAUUUGUUCAGAUUGCGCAACUUGUUUCAGGGAUGUUCAGGUGACUUUGGAGGAGGUGAACGCUUUCAGCUGCCAUAUUUUGUGAGAGAUAUUUAAAAGCCUGAGGCAAUGCAACUUUAGUAGCAGACAGGCACGACGUGGGCAUACGUUCAAGACUCGGCACGCUUCGCUUUUCUUCCCGCUCGUGUAUUAGAUAUGCAUUUUGUGUCCGUGUAUCUUGAAACACGUUUUUCUAUAUGGCAAAUGAUCAUUUAAAUAAUGAAAUAUUUUUUCAUCAGCUUUGGUACACUGUAUAUGAUGUUUCUUGAAAAAGGCCUCACGCCCCAAGCACAUUUUUCACUGACGACGAGGAACAUUGCAAUUUGGUGUUUGUAAAAGUUUGAAACGUGAGAGAUGUAACACAGAAUAACUAUUUUGAAGUAUAUACUUAAGAUAUCUAUAUUUUUGAAUGAUCUUAUUAUCAUUUGGAUUGUGCUUGAAAACAAAUUGGAACAAGGCGUUGGGGUUAUCGUCGGGCUCUGUGUCGGCUUGGAAAUCAGGGCAAGCAGCUCAUAAAAUGCAAGCAAUCUUACUAAUCAGCUUCAGUAAACUUCCGUGUACUUUGUUGGUUAUCGUCAUUAGAAUUACAUUACAUAACUACAGUAUAUUAAACUUGAUAAUCCGGUGCAUUCAGAUGAUGAAGCAAGCUCAUGUAUAUGUGUUGAUAUUUACAGAGCCAAGGCUAUAUGUUCAAUGCAAUCUUGGCUGCUUUGCAUUUUUGAAAUCUCAGAGAGAUGUUUUUUGUUUGUUUGUUUUUCUUGAACUGAGAAUCUGUCGUUGUUAUUUCGAAGAUUUGUGAGUAGACACAGCGUUAACAGUGCACCACAAAAUAAACGACUAACGUGGGUGAGUGAGUAUUGUCGAAGCCUGGAAACAAACACAUUUGCAGCAAAAAUGCAGAAUGCAGAAGAAAAACCUGACAAAAAUGUACUCUAUGAUUGAAAAAAGGUACACCAGGCCAAAAUCACUUCUUUCUGCAAAUCUUCACAAAAUGAAACAAUGAUGGCAUUAGAAAGUGUUAUUUUAUGGUGCCUGAGUAUAUUUUUUUAUUUAGCUUUUUGAAAAAAAAAUUGAUAGAAUUGUUUGUCCAAGUUCUGUUUUUUUGUUUGUUUGUUUGUUUAAAGAUAACAUUACAGAGCCUAUACAGAAAAAGAUAAGCUAGCUUGAAUUUUUUUUUGCUCAAUACAGAAAGAAAUGCAAAUGUUUACAAUAUGUAAUUAACCAAAUAGUAAAUACCCAUUUGAGAAUCAAUCUAUCCCUCAAAGUGGCCAUGAUUGAUUUGCAUUUCUUUAUUUCAUGUCAUUAUAAACUUGAAAAUAUUCCUUGUUCUUUUUUUCCCUGAUAUUGUUCCUUGUUUUUGUUUGACUUGUUGAAACAGUGCUCCCUCUAUUGCCGCAUUUGUUUUGAACCUAACCUGCUUAAAAAAACAAAAACAAAAAACACUGAGCCUUGUACAUUGCAUCUUUUCUUGUUUAUAUGUGAUGUAUGUUUCAUCAUGAUUCUCAGAUAUCUCACGGGGUAAUAAUUUUAUUCUUUAUUCUUAAUUGUUUUUAUUUUAUCGACUUUGAAACAUAUCAGUAAUGUCAAAUAUUAGAUUAAACCAACGGCAUAAAUGAUGAAUCAAGAAAUCCUGGAGACAUUGCGUUCUUUUUGCACUAUUUGAAGAAAGGGCAUGGUGAAUCAAUUUCUUCAUUUGUCUAAAAGCUUGUUUAUGGUUGCUUUUUCAUUUCGUCUGUGGAGGUUACAUACAGUGGACAUCAAAAGUCUGAACACCCCUGUUCAAAUCCCAGGUUUUUGUGAUAUAGUAAAAAUUAGACCAACAUAAAUCGCUUCAAUAUUUUAGCCACCAUUUUUGUGACCUAUAACCUGUAUGACUCAGUCGAAAAAUAAAUCUUUUCAAGAGGGGAAGUAAACAAACUGAGAUAAUGUGGUUGCACAAAUGUGCACACACUCUUAAGUGGGCAUUUGGCUGUGUUCAUUCAUUCCAUAAUUGGCCAUAAUGCCGAAUUGAAACCUUGGUUUCAUCCAUCCAUGACCCCAUUUCCCCACAUGAAUUUGGGAGAUUUAAAGUGUGUUUUUGCAAAACAAAUCUUAAAACAAGGUUGAACAUGCUUUGGGGCUGUUUUUUUGUCAGCUAGAACUGCGGCCUUAGUUAAGUUGGAGGGAAUUAUGAACAGUUCCAAAUAGCAGGCAGUCUGAAACAAAACCUUGAGGCUUCUACUAGAAAGUAAAACAAUGUCAGGAAAAGUGUACUAGAAGAGCUGAAAUUUCCAUCCAUCCAUUUUCUGAGCCGCUUAUCCUCACAAGGGUCGCGGGAGUGCUAGAGCCUAUCCCAGCUAUCAUCGGGCAGGAGGCGGGGUACACCCAGAACUGGUCGCCAGCCAAUCGCAGGGCACAUUCACACCUACGGGCAAUUUAGAGUCUUCAAUUAACCUAGCAUGCAUGUUUUUGGGAUGUGGGAGGAAACCGGAUUGCCCAGAGAAAACCCACGCAGGCACGGGGGAGAACAUGUAAACUCCACACAGGCGGGGCUGGGGAUUGAACCCUGGUCCUCAGAACGGCGAGGCAGACGUUCUAACCAGUCGGUCACCGUGCCACCCAGCUAAAAUUUAUUUGGGUUUAAUCAGUGGCACUUUACAUGAUUGCAGGUGAGAACUGAUGUCUAUUUAACACGAGUUUGAAUGUGAUUAGCUAAUCCUAAACACAGCCAUGUCCCAGUUAUAGGAGGAUGUGCACACUUGUGUAACCACAUUAUUUCAGUUUGUUUUAUUUCCCUCAAAAAGAUUCAAACAUUUCUUCAAUUGAGUUGCACAGGUUAUGGGUCACAUUAAUAGUAGAAAAUGUGAAAUAAUUUAUUUUGGUGUGUGUGGACUUUGUAUUCACUAUAUAGCCAGUUGCUUUACACCAUUGAAUAAUUGUAAAUGGUGACCACUCUUGCUGAAAUCCCAACGUUCAAGUCUUUAUAUAGGAGAAAUUAUUUGAUGGCUGUCACGCUACAAUUGUGUCAGAAGGCUCAACUAAACAAAAAAGGACUAAAUGAUAAUAAUCUGGCCGUCUUUGCUGUCCAUGGUGGAAAUGAACAAAGCAAUCACACAAAGCUACUCCACACCAAAGUACAAGUGAACUUUUGAGGGAGCACUGUUGUUUCAGCCUCUUGGUUGUUUUGUGUCUAACCCCUAUGUACAAAAAAAUUUAUAAAUCCUCUCGUGUUCUCCCUCAGUCUGUUGGUCUUUCAUAUCUCACAUCUGACUAAUUUCCAUUGUCAUGUAUAGCCUGCAGAAUUGUCUUCAUUCAUAGGUACUCUUUCAUCUGUAUGGUUCUUCUGUCUAGCCUGAUACAAUGAUUUUAAAAGACAAUAAAAUAUACAGUAUAUAAAAUGUGA